AUGCGCCUGGUUGGACAGCCAUCUGACUAUUUAAGGACGUUAUAGACGCUCACGCGGUCUCUUUUACUCCGGCUUUAACGGGAGAACCUCUAUACGGCGUUGUUUCUGAUUACCCCAUCGUAGCUUUAAAGGGGUCACAAUGUCCGGAGGUAUUGAUGUCCUGCAAAUGAAGGAGGAAGAUGUCCUCAAGUUCCUGGCAGCAGGAACCCACUUGGGUGGCACAAACCUUGAUUUCCAAAUGGAACAAUAUAUUUAUAAGAGGAAAAGUGAUGGCAUUUAUAUUAUAAACCUGAAGCGUACAUGGGAGAAACUUCUGCUAGCUGCACGUGCCAUUGUGGCUAUUGAAAACCCAGCUGAUGUGUGUGUGAUUUCCUCGAGGAAUACUGGCCAGCGUGCUGUUCUGAAGUUUGCUUCUGCAUGUGGAGCAACCCCAAUUGCUGGCCGCUUCACGCCUGGUACUUUCACCAACCAAAUUCAGGCUGCCUUCCGUGAGCCACGCCUAUUGGUUGUGAGUGAUCCACGAGCUGAUCAUCAGCCUCUUACUGAGGCUUCUUAUGUCAACAUUCCUACAAUUGCCCUUUGCAAUACAGAUUCGCCACUGCGUUACGUGGAUAUUGCAAUCCCCUGUAACAACAAGGGUGCUCAUUCUGUUGGCCUGAUGUGGUGGAUGCUGGCUCGUGAAGUCCUGCGUAUGAGAGGCACAAUUUCUCGUGAGCAUCCAUGGGAGGUCAUGCCUGAUCUAUAUUUCUACCGUGAUCCUGAGGAGAUUGAGAAAGAAGAACAGGCUGCUGCUGAGAAGGCUACCACAAAGGAGGAAUACCAGGGUGAAUGGACUGCACCAGUUCCAGACUUCCCUCAACCUGAAGUUGCUGACUGGUCAGAGGGAGUGCAGGUCCCAUCUGUACCCAUUCAACAGUUUGCUGCAGAGCGCCCAGAUCUCCCAGCAGCUGCCAAAGUUCCAGUAGCAGAAGACUGGAGCUCCCAGCCGGCUAGUACUGAUGAUUGGUCUGCUGCUCCAACUGCUCAAGCCUCUGAGUGGGUGGGAACAACUACUGAAUGGUCUUAGAAUGCUUUUGGUGUUUAUGUUCAAAGGUCAUACUGGACAUUGAAAUAAAAUUCUCUUGAAUUUU